CACAAGCAUCAUCUUCCGGUGAGCGUCCAGACACGCAGACAUGCCACUCGCAAAGGAUCUGUUGCACCCGAGCCCCGAGGAGGAAAAGCGGAGACACAAGAAAAAACGACUUGUACAGUGUCCCAAUUCCUACUUCAUGGACGUCAAAUGUCCAGGUUGUUACAAGAUAACCACAGUGUUCAGUCACGCUCAGACUGUAGUGCUGUGUGUUGGCUGUUCCACAGUCCUGUGCCAGCCUACAGGAGGGAAAGCUCGCCUUACAGAAGGUUGCUCAUUCAGGAGGAAACAGCACUAGUCUGACCUGACGUGGUUGGACACUGUUGAGGAAAAUGAACAGCGCUUGGACAUCAAGCUAUACUGCCAUGGAGCUGAUGCUGCAAUGAGGAGAUGGAGAGCGGGAAUACAAAUCAUGUAAUAUAAGAAGUCUCUAGUACAGAUUAUGCAGAGAGAAAAGGUUGGCGUUGCUGACACCCCACCAACACCACAUAUUAAUUCUUGUCUCUUAAUAAACUUAGGUUGUUUUUUGGUAAAAAUAAUCCUGCAUGGUUGUCAUCCAGUUCUUUUUAUCUCUUGAAGGUUCUAAGAUGUCAUUUGUCUGGUGAAAGACACAUGUCAGUUUAGGGACCUUUAGACAUUUGCUGGUUAUGAUGAGGGCAUUUGAGGACUCUGGCUUUUGGUAUUCUCCCAAUUGUACAGAUGUGAGACCUCAAGAAUUUUUUUGCGGUGAGUGAUUUGCAUUUGUUUGCAUUACACCCUCGAUGCUUAAGCACGAAUAGUUAUAGGGAGGUGAGCCUUAUUGUUCAACAGUUUAUUGGCACUGUAGAUUUAUGCAAAUUUCCUUUUGAAAACACUUGACCAGUUGUAGGAAAGGAGGCUCACUGUGGCUGAAAUUAACCUUGAGUUUUAGUCUGUAAAAGCUGCACUCUGCAUACCUGAAUGUUGACUGAUGUGUCUUCAAAGUUAAUGCCACGGUGAAGCUAACCUUGACGGUGAUGUCAUCGGUGCGUGCUCCAAAGCUGGUGGUGUUGGUUCAGGGCCCGCUCUCAGUCUGAAUGAGGGCUGAUUCAGGGAAAGUCGUCGCUGGCUCUGCUUCGGUUUCCUGAUGCUUGUAAAAACACACAGUACGCAGUGAUGUGACACUAAAUGACAUAAUGAACAGCCAGGUUGUGAAUUUACUUAUGCUUUCAAAUGAUGUGAAAACGAUUAUGUGGGAUGAAUUCUUGUGAAGUUUCAAAAAAUACAUGAUCACAAUCACACUAGCUUGUGAGGAGUGAGGAAAAAGUUAGACAUGAGUCAGAUAAAAUGUGUCCUACAGUUCACUCACAGCUGUUGUUUAGGCUUGUGAACAUGUAGGCUGUUUCCACAGGCUCUGUAUGUGACAGCAUUGAGUUGCACACUAAAUACAAACUAAAUUAGGAGAGGGAGUGAAUGAUAACUUUUUGUUGCUAUGGUGACAUUUUUCUUGUCUUGCUUGUAUAUUGGACACAUCUUACAAAUAAAUCAUGAUAAAUGGGAACGACU